AUGUACAAGUUCUGCACCAGCGUCGAAACCCUCUUCCUUGACUACGCCACUUUCUUUGAAAAAAAUGUGUUCGGUUCAAAGGAAACUCUUGAUCUGGACAUUUCAAAUGCCCACAGUACGCUCAAGACUUGUGACAGAUAUAGUAAUUGCCCAUCACUAAACAAAUUCAAUUGUUUUCUCCCCAAAAUGCCGCAAGUCGGAGGUGUUUGUAAGAGGAUGUUCAUUCUAACAACGCCGUAUGCGAACUGUCUGCGCUCACUCCAAAACCAAACAAUUCAAUCCCCUGAAUUGCAAACUCUUGUCAAUGACUUCACUGAGGAUGGAAUCGCCAAGAAGUGUCUCGAUUUGAAGGAACGUUCGACUCUCAUGGAUGCAUUUUCCCAGGAAUGCGACGAGGAAGCCGGGAGACAUUUCAAAUAUUUUCUUGCAGACUUGAAGGGUUAUUAUAAUUGUUCUUAUAAUUGA